ACUUGAUCUUCUCGUAAAGAAGAUGUUGCUUCAACAGCACACAAUAUGUUGGAAGAAAUAGCUAAUAGUACUUUAAUCGGUUCCCAUAUUUUGAAUCGCUGAUAAAAGGUUAGAAAUUAACAAGAUGGGUGUUAAGAAUGAAUGUAAGUGCGGAGUUGGGAGUGUUAUCUGUCUAGGUUUCUUCAAAUAUAAAGCUUGGUCACUUCUUUCUAGAAAUCAGGAAAAAGAAGGGAAUUCAAAAAAUGGGAGUCAUAAGUGAGCACCUUUCUGAAACAGGGAAAAACGAUGGCCGUUCUUGGACGUUUGUCAGUAACGAAACACAUUCUCCUUCAUCAUCAGAAAUAUCUCAUCCGGGAAAAGAGAAAGACCAAGUCAGCGUGAUAAAAGGCUUUUCUGCUUUUGAUGAUGAACAAGAAAAAAGUAUAAAACUUGAUAAAGCGGGCAUCGAUGAAGCUUUGGCUAUUGUUCAGGAUGAUGAUGAAUUUGAACACAGUAAAGCCGAAGAUGCAAGAGUUAGACGAAAGAUUGAUAUGUUCGUACUACCAGUCAUGUGUAUUACAUAUGGCAUUCAAUAUCUUGAUAAAACGGCAAUCUCGUAUGCAGCUGUAUAUGGGAUGAAAGAAGCGGUUCAUAUGAGUGGGAGCGCUUAUAGCUGGCUCUCUACCAUGUUUUAUCUUGGAUACAUGAUUGCUCAAUAUCCAGCUGGAUAUCUUUUACAAAGGUAUCCUAUUCAUUACUUUUUGUUUAUUGCAUCCUUUCUGUGGUCUGCAUGCGUAUUGUUGAUGGCGACUUGUACGAACCAACACGGACUACUUGCGUUACGUUUCCUGUCGGGAAUAUUCGAAGGUUGUGUGAAUCCAGCAUUUGUGGCCCUUACCUCCAUGUGGUAUAAGCGAGAGGAACAACCAAUUCGAACCGUCGCCUGGUAUGCGUUUAAUGGGGUCUCCAUAAUGGUGGGUGCGCUUUUGGGAUAUGGAACUGGUCAUAUCAAGGGAAGCUUGCCCAACUGGAAAUACCCAUUUCUAGUUAUAGGUGCAGUUUCAAAUAUAUGGUCUUUUGUCUACAUAAUUUUUCCAAAGAACCCAGUACGUGCAAAAUUCCUGAAUACUAGGGAAAAGCGAAUUGCCAUUGAACGAGUAAGGAAGAAUCGCACAGGAAUGGAAACAAAAAGAUUCAAGUUUUCGCAAGCAUUGGAAGCAUUUAAGGACCCUCAAGUGAUUCUUUUAGUUUUUUAUAACGGAAUGUGCCAAGUUACAAAUGCAAUGUCUGUGUUUAGUGGUUUAAUUAUCAAAGGGAUGGGUUACUCCGGAAUCAAUGCUGUAUUACUGACACUGCCUUCGGGCGCAGUCGCCGUUGGUAGUAUGGUAUUUACAGGAGUAUUUGCACAUUUUUUCAAGAAAGGAAGAAUCUUUCUAUGUAUGUUUGUUAGCAGCUUUACAAUCGUAGGAGCCCUCAUGAUUUGGAAGAUACCCGAUUCAAAUCCAUGGGCCCGAGUGGUGGGUGUUUGGUUUUUCUCUCCUAUCUCCUCAGGAAAUGCAUUGGCUCUUUCGCUGUUGAGUUCCAAUAUAUCUGGAUAUUCAAAGAAAGUAACAGCAAAUGCAACUAUGUUUUUAUUUUAUUCUGUUGGCAACAUAGUCUCGCCACAGCUCUUCAAACCGAACCAAGUUCCUGAAUAUAUUGAAGGAAUUCAGGCAUCGCUUAUAGCAACCUGCUUAUUUGAAGGUGUUUUAAUUCUGCUUGCAGUUUACUAUAUGUAUGAAAAUCACCGCAGGGACAAAUUUCUGAAAGGUCAUCCAGAAUUAAACUAUACCGAAAAAAACGAAGAGUUCUUUGACAAAACGGAUCGAGAGCAAAUCAAGUUUCGGUAUAUUUGGUAAUCACUAGUCUUUCUUUUUCUUCUUUUCUUUUGAUAGAUCGUGUUUUACUAUGAGCUUAAAUAUAAGGACUUGAUGGCUAAUUAAAGAAACGUAAUUUUUUACUAGAAGUAAGCAAGAAUACUUAUAAGUGAAAAAUUAUUUCUAUACUCAUUGCGACGCAACAAGUGAUUAACCGGGAAUGGUUUCAGACUACCAAUUUAUAAAACAUUUAUGCUAUAGUAUCUCAGAUACUUAAGUAUGUAUUGUAAAUACGAUUCAUAUUAAAUUGUCAGUUGAAACAAUAUACAAAUGAUGUACAGUUAGUGGGUGUUUUGUUUGCGUUUUCGAGCAGAUUAAUUCAUUCUCUACCUUAUAAACAUCUAAUAAAUCAAAUAGGAUGAGGACCUAUAAUAAUCUAUUUAAAGUCAAUAAAAAAAAAAAUUGGUGAAUGAAAUUUCUGCGCGCUAACAAGUUCAAUACUCUUCCUCCUUCACAACAACCAACUGCAGCCAUCCUACGUUUCGCUAGAGAUUUUGAUAUAGCGGAAAAGAAAAAGAAAAAAAAAAGAUUAGAAAAUGAAGUUCGUGAAGCCAGUUAUUUUCCGCGACGUCUGGCAAUUCAAAACCGUCAUAUCACUGCAGUUUAGCUAAGCACCUGAGGAUCUCGUUAGUUUAGUAGUAUGGUUGGAGACAACAUGGGAAUUUGGGAUGCUGUGGACGGUAUGCUAUUUUUUAGUACUCCUGUUUACUCUGUGUAUUUCAGUUCAUUCUUGCACUAUGACUGUUUGUUUACUUUUUUGUAAUAUUCGGUUCUUGAUAGGAAAAUAUAUGUACUGAAUAACAUAAGAAUAAAGAGAGAUGUAAUGUUUAUUGAGCGUUAGACACCGGUAAACACUUAACGACGCCAAAAGCAAUAAAUUUAUACGUUGUUUUGACGACGCUGGACUACUCACAUCAACGACAUAAACUUGUAAACAAAUGUCCCGGUCCGUUUAGUGCCUUUCAGAAUGUAGCUAAGGAAGUA